GUUUUCUUUUUUUUUCAGUAAAUCGCUGAGUGUCUGUGAAAGUCGUUGUUUGUAGCUGCAGUGACUCAUUCACGUUAUUAACGCUAGUUUGGACUUAAAUAUAAAUAUAAAUAUAACUGUGUACCGAAUUCAGAUAUUCUGAGCAUUUUAACGAAUGAGAAACCGGUAUUUUUAACGAUAUAUAUAACCUACAUAAGCAGAGUUCCGUUAGUUAGCUAGCUAGCUAACAGUAAAGGUAACGGCUAGCUAAUGCUAACUUUCAGAUUUUUCACAUUAGGUUGAGGGGGCGAGCGCUGACUCGCUGACAUUAAGGGUUACGGUUAACACUGAAGGGUUAAUGCUAAAGCUGGCUAGCUAUCUGUCUAACUAAGCUAGUGUUAGCCAGGCUAAACACUGGCUGUGUGUUUGCAUUGGUUGGGCUUGGUUGUUAGCUUCACAGACUAACUAACGCGUUUAAUGGGAACCCAGCAACGAGUCGCCUGGCUCUGAACUCCAGCAGCGCUGGUUCUCUGACAGCAGCUGCCUGCCCGGGGACACGGCGCGGCGGAUUCAGUGAGAGGGUGAAGAUUAUCCUGAUGGCUGGCUCUGAAGAACAGGAAGGGGGGAGAGAGGCUGAAGUUCGGCUGCUUUAACCCCUCUGGUCUGGGAGCAGCUGCCUUCGCCUCUGCUGCCCUGCUGAGUACACUGACCCGCAGGCCCGGAGGCACAGUGUGCAGCUCAGUUCGGCGGGAGACACUCUGUAGGCACUCUGGUCCAGCAGGGACCACAUCGUGCUGGACAGAAUGUCUGAGACUGAGGAUGUAGAUCAUCCACGCUUUUUUGUGGGUGCUGAUGAUGCAGAGGGGGAAGAGCUACUGGACCCAGGCAGGGUGCUGGGCUACGACUGCCUUUACGAGAAUGUUGAGGAGGAAGACGAGGACGCAGAUGAGGAAGAGUAUGACUCGCCUCCAGAGAGACAGAUAGUGGUGGGAAUCUGUGCCAUGGCCAAGAAGUCAAAGUCCAAGCCUAUGAAGGAGAUCCUGGAGCGCUUGUGUCUGUUUAAGUACAUCACGGUUGUGACUUUUGAGGAAGAAGUCAUCCUUAGUGAGCCUGUGGAGAACUGGCCACUGUGUGACUGUCUUAUUUCCUUCCACUCUAAAGGAUUUCCACUGGAUAAAGCUGUGGCUUAUGAGAAGCUCAGGAAUCCAUUUGUGAUCAACGAUCUGGAUCUGCAGUACUUCAUUCAGGACAGGAGGGAGGUGUAUCGGAUCCUGAAGGCUGAGGGCAUCCAGCUUCCACGCUAUGCUGUUCUGAACAGAGACCCAGCAAGACCACAGGAGUGUAACCUGGUUGAAGGGGAGGACCAUGUGGAAGUGAAUGGAGAAAUUUUCCAGAAGCCUUUUGUAGAGAAACCAGUCAGUGCUGAGGACCACAACGUCUAUAUCUACUACCCCACCUCUGCAGGAGGAGGCAGCCAGAGGCUCUUCCGCAAGAUUGGCAGCAGGAGUAGUGUCUAUUCUCCUGAGAGUAAUGUCCGGAAAACAGGUUCCUACAUAUACGAGGAGUUUAUGCCUACAGACGGGACUGAUGUCAAGGUGUAUACUGUGGGACCAGACUAUGCACACGCAGAGGCCCGUAAGUCCCCUGCUUUGGAUGGAAAGGUGGAACGAGACAGUGAGGGGAAAGAGGUUCGCUACCCUGUGAUUCUCAACGCCAGAGAGAAGCUAAUAGCCUGGAAAGUCUGCUUGGCCUUUAAGCAAACAGUGUGUGGGUUUGACCUCCUGCGUGCCAACGGUCAGUCAUAUGUCUGUGAUGUGAAUGGCUUCAGCUUUGUGAAGAAUUCGAUGAAGUAUUACGAUGACUGUGCAAAAAUACUGGGGAACAUUGUGAUGAGAGAACUGGCUCCUCAGUUCCAGAUUCCGUGGUCCAUCCCUUUGGAAGCAGAGGAUAUCCCCAUAGUUCCCACCACUUCAGGGACAAUGAUGGAGCUGAGAUGUGUGAUUGCUGUGAUUCGACAUGGCGAUAGAACCCCCAAGCAGAAGAUGAAAAUGGAGGUUCGACAUCAAAGGUUUUUUGAUCUCUUUGGAAAAUACGAAGGGUACAAAAGCGGAAAGCUAAAACUGAAAAAGCCAAAGCAACUUCAAGAAGUUUUAGACACUGCCAGACAACUGUUGGUUGAACUCGGGCAAAAUAACGAUACGGAAAUUGAAGAAAGCAAAGCCAAACUUGAACAGCUAAAAACGGUCCUUGAAAUGUAUGGACAUUUUUCAGGUAUCAAUCGCAAGGUACAACUAACAUAUCUCCCCCAUGGUUGCCCAAAAACAUCAAGUGAAGAGGAAGAUGUGCGGAGGGAUGACCCGUCUCUGUUGCUGGUACUGAAGUGGGGUGGGGAAUUGACUCCUGCAGGCAGGGUUCAGGCAGAGGAGCUGGGCCGAGCGUUUAGGUGCAUGUACCCUGGAGGACAAGGCGAUUAUGCUGGCUUUCCUGGUUGUGGCCUGUUGCGUCUUCACAGCACGUAUCGGCAUGACCUGAAGAUCUACGCUUCCGACGAGGGCCGCGUUCAGAUGACUGCUGCUGCUUUUGCUAAGGGUCUACUGGCGCUGGAGGGCGAGCUGACCCCUAUCCUAGUGCAGAUGGUGAAGAGUGCCAACAUGAACGGUCUGCUGGACAGCGACAGUGACUCUCUCAACAGCUGCCAGCAGAAAGUCAAAGCUCGGCUACACGACAUCCUGCAGAAGGACAGAGACUUUGCCUCGGAGGACUAUGAGAAGCUGGCUCCAACUACGAGUACAUCACUGGUGAAGUCUAUGCAGAUGAUCAAGAACCCAGUGAAGACAUGUGAUAAGGUGUAUUCCCUUAUCCAGAAUUUAACCCUACAGAUUAGGCAGAGGAUGGAGGACCCCAAAUCAGCAGAUAUCCAGCUUUACCACAGCGAGACUCUGGAGUUGAUGCUGCGCCGCUGGUCCAAACUGGAGAAAGACUUCAAGAUGAAGAAUGGCCGUUACAAUAUCAGCAAGAUCCCAGACAUCUACGACUGCAUUAAGUAUGAUGUGCAGCACAACAGCUCGCUCAAGCUGGACAACACCAUGGAGAUCUACCGCCUUUCCAAAGCUCUGGCCGACAUAGUCAUUCCACAAGAAUACGGGAUUUCACAAGCUGAAAAACUAGACAUUGCCAAAGGCUACUGCACACCUCUCAUUCGCAAAAUCCGCUCAGACCUCCAGAGGACACAGGAUGAUGACACUGUCAACAAGCUUCACCCAGUAUACUCCAGAGGUGUCAUGUCUCCAGAACGCCAUGUGCGCACCAGGCUUUACUUCACAAGCGAGAGUCAUGUGCACUCUCUCCUCUCCAUCCUGCGCUAUGGAGCCCUCUGUGAUGAGACCAAAGAUGAGCAGUGGAAGAGAGCCAUGGACUACCUAAAAGUUGUCAGUGAGCUGAACUACAUGACUCAGAUUGUGAUCAUGCUGUAUGAGGACCCUAACAAGGAUCCCUCAUCAGAGGAGCGUUUUCAUGUGGAGCUGCAUUUCAGCCCUGGAGCAAAAGGCUGUGAGGAGGACAAAAACCUGCCGUCAGGAUUUGGCUACAGACCAGCAUCCAGAGAGAACGAGGGCUCCAAGAAAAAGUCCCAGAAUGACAGUGAUGAGGAGACCAGCAGCAGCUUGAAGAGGGAUGAGCCAGACCGAGCCCUUGUGAUGUUCCGUCCAAUGGUGUCCGACCCCAUCUACAUUCACAGGAAGUCCCCUCUCCCCCGCUCCAAAAAGAUUGGCUCUGUAGAAUCCCCAUUGCAGCCAGACUUAAUCAAGACCUCUGCUGGCAAAGAAGAAAGCCCCCUGAGUGUGUCUAGCCCUGAGUCAAUUGGUACCUGGAUACAUUACACCUGUGGUGUUGGUACUGGGCGUCGAAGACGCAGAUCAGGGGACCAAAUAACUUCCUCCCCUGUCUCCCCCAAAUCACUGGCUUUCACAUCCAGUAUUUUUGGCUCAUGGCAACAGGUUCUCUCAGAGAACAACAGUCAUACAAGGCCGGGCAGACUGCACACAGAACAGAAGCUCACUACUGGAAUGGGGUCUCAUUGUGCUGGCCUGUUUAGCACCAUGGUGCUGGGAGGCUCCUCCAGCGCACCUAACCUACAAGAUUAUGCUCGCGCGCACCGUAAAAAGCUGACCUCUUCUGCCUUCUUAGAUGAGGCCACGCGUGGUUCUGCUGUUAAAAGAUUUUCUAUCUCAUUUGCGCGACACCCAACCAAUGUGUUUCCCAGUAUGUUCUGUGGCUUUGAGUUGUACUCCAUGGUUCCGUCCAUCUGCCCCCUCGAGACCCUUCACAAUUCACUGUCCCUCAAACAAGUGGACGACUUCCUCGCUUCAAUCGCCAAAUCCCACGAGUCUUUGCUGGACAUUUCUGGGUGCUCACCAGCUGUUCAAGGAAAGAAAGCUCCUUUAAACACCUACACCCCUGCAAAGGUUUUACCCUGCCCGUUCACUCAGUCCCUGGCAAAGAAGUCACCAGAGAAGACUUCACCAGGCAUAGGAGGAUCUCCUUCCAGAGCAUCCAGACCAGUCCAGACGAACCUGCCUCAGACCAACCUGCCUCUGCAGGGUGCCAGUGGAGACAUGCGAUCACAGCUGAACUCUACUGAGCAGAUCACAGGCAGCAAAGCUGCUACACAACCCAAAACAACAGAACCACAGCAAGCUACAGCUAUUAGCACCUCCGCUUCCCCCCUGCCAGCAUGUAAUAAAGGUCAACUACAGUCAGCCUCACAGGAAACACAAGAGCGUCAACCAUCAUCAACCCGCAGUAUUCCCAGCUUUACUAUCACCACCCACCACAAUGUUACUGCUGCUGUUACAAAGGAACAUCAGAUAUCUUCCCUAGAAAACCAUUGUCAUAUCACUUCACAACAAGCCAAGACCCAAGAAGGUCAAAGUGGGGCAAAAUCUGUUGUAGACACACCCAAAGACAAGUCCACCAUGCAGACUUCUCAAAAAGAGCGCUGUGAUGGCACUAUGCAGCCAUGCUGCGCAACAACCGUGACUACGAAAGAGCAAGAGUUAUCAGCAGCUGUGCAGAAGGAGCAGAACGCUGUGGGGGAUUUCACAAAGCUGGGCAAGCCUUGAAGAACUCUUAAUUAAUCAGAUACCAAUCAGAUACCACUGUUACAGCUCAGUUUAUACUACCUUUACAUACCUUUACACAGCUCAUUAGACUAAGACCCUGACACUAUCUAUUGCCCAGGGAUCGUAAGUUUGAAUCCUGUGCCAUGCUGUUUUGCCAUCAGCAGCCAGAGUCUGAGAGAGAGCACAAUUAGCUAUGCUCUCUUUGUGUGGGUAGAUAUGCUCUCUCUCCCUUUGUCACUUCCAUUGUGUAUAUAAUGAUGACUGGCACAGGGUUCUGCUGUCUGAUGUGUCGGAGCUGGGGAUCUGGUGCUUUCCUCUUGAGUGCAUUGUGAUGGAUGAUUAGUAAUGCUGCAUUGGCAGCAGUUCAAAAAGGGGCAGCAGCUAGCUGACUUUAAAUACAUCAGUGGAGGCAUGUGUCUGUCCUCACUCUACUAAUGUUUGGAGCAUUGAAAGUGAUGGGGCAGUCUUAGAGAGUGAGUGGAUUAAUUAACUUAGCUAAAAUUGGGAAGAAAUAUAAUGAUGUGAAGCAAAACAUCUACAAUGUAUCUCUAACCAAUGUUCUGCCAAAUGUUUCAUCUUUUCAUAUAUGACAGUGUUCAUGUUUCACUUAAAACACUGGAUACACUGUCCCCACAAAUGCCAGUUUUCAUAAGCUUUAAGAGAAUGUGCACAAAUAUAAAUACGGACAAAAUAAACACAGAGAACAGAUAGAAUGCUCACCUCUAUUUGAAUUCGUAUUUGAAUUUGUAUUUAACUUUACAUAUAACUGAGCCUUUACAUUAAACAGAAUGUUAUAGGUUUUGAUUUAUCCCGUUUUUCCCGCAGUGGCUCACUAUAUGAUAUCAAAUAGACCCGAGAUGCCAAAAGGUCUUGCCAUGAUACGCUUUUGUCCCAGCCUGGGCCGAUUCAGCAUUUACUGUAUGUUCACCAGAGUUAGUUAUUUAGAAAUUGGUCACUCAUAUCUUGUAUAUAUGAGUGUUUGAAUGUACAAUCAGAUGUAUACAGUCUACUUUGUCUUGAUAGGUAGAACAUUAUUUGCUAAAGCUAUUUUAAAUAUUACUGAACAUUGAAUGAAUGCAGCACUUUUUUGGGGGCUCCAAUUUAAAGGUCCAACAUUAAGUGUAAUGAAAGUCCUAUUUUCAUACAUAUCUUUAGGUACACUGUGUUUGCACUUCAUUUCAUUCUCAUCGAACUGGAAAGGAGGACAAAUCUGCCUUAGAGUUUUAUUCAUGCUUUAUUAUUUUAUUGUUACCAAAUCAUAAUCAAACAUGAUGAUUGUAUAGGGAAUAAAUCUUAAGUGAAACUCCUGUUA